UCCAGCACAGCGCACCGGGCGGGCCGAGGCGAAUGGCCAUGGCGGGCGCUGGGGUCCGGCCGGCCCUGCUCUCGGAGCUCGACGAGGACGAAGCGGCCUACUGCCGGCGCUGGGGCGCGCAGCACGCCGGGGCCCGCGAGCUGGCCGCGCUCUACUCUCCAGCCAAGCGGUUCCAGGAGUGGUGCUGUGUGGUACUGUGCUUCAGCCUCAUCACCUACAACUUGGUGCAUCUCCUGUGGCUGGCGCGCUGGGAACACACGCCCCUCGUCAUGCUGGGCAUCGUUGCAGGGGCUCUCAUUGCUGACUUCCUGUCCGGCCUAGUGCACUGGGGAGCUGACACUUGGGGGUCCGUGGAGCUGCCCAUCGUGGGGAAGGCAUUCAUCCGGCCCUUCCGGGAACACCACAUCGACCCCACGGCCAUUACCCGACACGACUUUAUUGAGACCAACGGGGACAACUGCCUGGUGAUGCUGGUGCCUCUGCUGAACAUGGCUUACACGUUCCGCACCCGGACCUCCGACACCCUGGAGCAGCUCUAUCCCUGGGAGUGCUUCGUCUUCUGCCUGAUCAUCUUCGGCACCUUCACCAACCAGAUCCACAAGUGGUCGCACACAUACUUUGGGCUGCCCCGCUGGGUCAUCUUUCUGCAGGACUGGCACUUCAUCCUGCCACGGAAACACCAUCGCAUCCACCAUGUCUCCCCGCACGAGACCUACUUCUGCAUCACCACAGGCUGGCUUAAUUACCCUCUGGAGAAGAUCGGCUUCUGGCGCCGCUUGGAGGACGUCAUUCAGGCCCUGACUGGCGAGAAGCCUCGAGCCGAUGACAUGAAAUGGGCCCAGAAGAUCAAAUAACUGCUUUGAGCUACCCGCGUCUUUGCCAACCUUCCCCAGGAUCCUUACCCCUGAACCAAAGCCAUCUGCCAAAUUCCAGCCUCGUCACACUGACCUCCCGAGUCAGAGGUCACCCCUGGGCCGGGCCCAGGCACCCCCAGCCUACCCUUGACACAGAAUACUUGAGCCACUAAUUAUUAAUUUUUUUCAUGACCUUUUUCUCCUUUUGACCCCUCCCCAGCCAGCUGAGCUGGUCUGUCUGCCAAGCCUGAAAGCAGAAACUGGAGCUCCAGGCUGCCAGCAACAAGCCAGGGGAGGGGGCAGAACCCCAGUUUCCACAGCACUCCUAAGUGCCCCAUCCCAAUAGGCAGCCCUUGGUAGCAUUGAUGGGGCUGUGACCAGAGGUGUCAUCUCUGUCCUUCCCUGCCUGGCUGUAGUUGGUUGGUCUAGGAAUCCUCAAGAAUCAAUAAAUCCCCCAGACCACUGCCCUGCUGAAGCCUUGAAAACUGACCCCCAAGCUGGGUCGACCCCCCCCAACCCCAGUCUUCAUUCAACCUAGCCUGACCCCCCAGGUUGACAGCACAUAGUUAGGGUCUGAGGAUGGAUCCCACCUCACCCCUCUCGCCCUCAGGAUGCUAGUGAGAAUUGAUGCUUCAGGCCAGAGGGCCAUAUUGUGGGCCAUAGUUCCUGCCGAGGGGCUUGGUCAUUUGGAAGGACACUCACUGGGCAUUCGUUCGGCCAGGGGUAUGUCAGAAGCAAGCAGGGCGCUUUUAUUUGUUUGAUUUUUUUUUUAAGGUGCUUGCUUGUUUAAUGUAAAUAAUAGAAAGCCUUAAUAUCUUUUCUGUAACGGAGUAAUAUUUUAAUGUCAUGUUUCGGAUGUACAUAAUAUAUUUAUAACAAAGCAGCAAGUCUCCUUCACCUAGCUGCCUGGCACUUCCUGGUUCGUACAUCAGAGGUUCUGGAGCCUGGUGGGGAGCAGGACUCACCCAUACCACCCUGUUCUUGGGGUGGGGUGGGGGGCUUUUUAGCCUAAGACCAGCCCUAAGGAACAGUGACAUCCAUCUCACACAUUUCCAGAAGGGACCCAAGUCUUGGUGACACACUGCAGAUAAAGAUCAUGAUGCUGGAGCCAAUGAGAAUGAAAGCUACACUGGAUUCCUGACUGUCUUCUGCAAAUGUUUCUGGUGUUUGGCCUGGACAUUGGAGCACAGCAAUGAGCAAACAAAGGACUUGCCCUGGCAGAGCUGACCUACUGGGGAAGAGACAAUAAACAUCAAUAAAUUCA